UCAGAGACGACACGCACGACCGCAUGAGCGACGACAAAACGCAGCGCCAGUCGGCAAGAUCCACCACGAGCGACAGCAAACACUCACACCGACCGUCGUUCCUACCACAACACAAGGACAUGGCGCUUUGGGGCACGCUGCGCCACCGCAUGAGCGGCUCGGUGCCCACGGACUCAAGCGAGUUCGUGGAGAAUUUUUUUAGCAAGACGCCCGAGGACCCACGCUGGGAGCUGGAUGCUAUUCAGAAGAAGACCGAGGAAUUUGUCGCCUCACAGCUGGCUCACAAUCGCCGUGGUAUCGCGCUCAUCACUUCGGGCGCCACGAUCGUGCCGCUGGAUCCAGAGAAUGAUACGUUCGUGGACGCGGCACCACAGGUGCAGGAGCAGCGAGGACCUGCUUGUGCUGAGUAUCUGCUACAGUUGGGCUACGCGGUCAUCUUCGUGCAUCGCGAGGAUUCUCUCCGACCUUUUACGCGCCACUUUCAAAGGUACAUCCAGAAUGGAGCCUUCAUGGACAUGUUCCGCAUGCAAGACAAUGGGCUAGUGCUCUCCGGCAUGGAUCUCUCGCAGCAGUUGCAGUUCCAGAAGAUAGCGCAGCUCUACACGGAGUGCAGUACCCGCGUACUCAACCUGAGCUUCACGUCUGUGCAGCAGUAUCUCAUGCUCACCCGAAUUACGGCACAAGCCAUGGAAGUGGCAAAGGACCGAGGCAUUGUCGUGCUUGCAGCUACGCUCAUGGACUUUUACGUACCGGUAGCCCCUUCAGCCUCAGCUACGGAAGAUGCGCAUGAUACAGAUUCCGCAGAGGCGUCAUCAUCGUCCUCCUCUUCCUCGUCGAAGCACGGUACAACCAAGCACAUCAAGAAGCUCGCUAAGAAAAUCGGCAAGAAGAAAAGUGACGAGUUUUCCGUCAACUUUGUGCGCGUCCCCAACAUUAUCCGCAAGAUCCGCAAGGACUGGUGUCCGAAGGCCUAUCUGGUCACAUGCAAGCACCAGCUCGCAAGUGGCGAGGACAUUGAGGAUGCACACGCUGACUUGGAGAAAUGGGGCGUCGAUGUGAUCGCAGGCAACCAUCACUUGCGCGAGAUUCUGCUCAUCACGGAGCAGGAGGAAGCAAUUGUAAGCUGCCCUGACGAUGAGGACAUCAACGAUGCGUUUGCUUCGGCCAUAGCUGACAUGCACCGCAGCUUUCGACGCAAGCGGGAGAUCCUGGUGCGUGGCAAGCAGCUGUUGCUUCUUUCAGCCAAGUUCUCGAUGCUAAAGGAGAAUGAUGUCGUGAAUGAAGAUGCUGACGGGAACAAGAACGUCCAGUUCGGUCUAGGUGUCAAGAUUCGUGCCGAUCGAAGAGCUCCUGAUACAAUCGCUCCCGUGUAUGAGCUCAAGAAUAUUUUCCAGAACAAAAGCCACUGCGCUCGAGCUCAUGUUUGGGAAGGUGUGGUGGAGCACUCCUCAAGUGAGCCGACACGCGAUGUUGUGGUGGCCUUCAGUCCCGCAGGUAACCCGGAAACAAUCCGUGAUGUGUGGGGUGAUUUCUGGUCAGGUUGGGCGGAAGACGAGCUGCAAGAGUUUAAGACGGAGAUGAAAGGCAUUUCAUUCUCAUCGGCAAUCAACCUUGUGACCUCGUCGGUGUCAGGUCACUAUGAGCCUGCUUCGCAGCUUCUCAAGUUCAUGUGGAGCAAGAUCGGCCAUGCUUGGUCUGACGGAGAGAAGACGCGUAUUCGCCAGAGUAUUCAAAACAUGAUGGCUGUGGCAUUGGAUCGCGGUUUCACUGAACCUGCAGGCAUCUCCAUAUUGGAGAAACUCAUGCGCAAGCCUCGGAUCCAACGCUUUGACUCACUGGUGCUGGACCAACCGACGGCUGUGCCAGUGCACGCACAGACUCAUACCCGACGCCGUCGUCGAGUCAGCGACACGGACAGCACUGGGUCUGGAGAGAUCAACCCUGUUCGGCUCAGCAAGGCUCGGGUGGUUCGUGUGCAUCGCGCUAUCAACGAUUACAUGCAAGAUAUGAUCAAGGAAGGACUGCUCGAUGCUAUCUUGAAGUACGUGGAGCAAGGAAUCCCUGUGCACGUCACUGGCUACAGUAUGGGAGGCAUGUUGGGUCAGCUCUUCAUGCUGUAUCUGGGUGAUCACGCCCGAAUGAAUGGCUGGGACGCCAGCAAGAUCAACUUUGUCGGCUUUGGAUCUCCCCGAGUAGGCGACAUCGGCUUUGCCGCUCGACUGCGCGUACUCUUCGACCCGCAGCAGUUGCUGAUCGUUAUGCAUCCACAGGACACUGUGCACGCUUUCCCUCCUACGGCCGAGGGGUACGUGGACGCGUGUAUCAAGAUCUUCCUACGCGAGCAUGGAAUGGGUGUUGGUCGACGAACGCCGAAACAUUUUUCACUGCUUCCCGUCACGAAGUCUAUCGAUCGCGCGUUUGAACACGCCCACAAGGCCCAUACGCAGAACAAGUGCAAGCGACCGGCAUGCUCCUUAGUUGAAAGCAAAGCUCAUCUCUAG